AACAGCUACAUCUCCUUUAAUGGAGAAGUCUGCAUAGAUCAUAGCAUCCGCAAGUAGAAGCUGUCACACUGUCCCUCAGCUUCGCAGGUCAUCAUCCCUCAUGAAAGGACUCCUCAUCACUCUGGUUGCUCUCUUGGGAGUUGUUUCCUGCAGUAACAAUCGGAAUUCUGGAUCAGUGACAGUCAGACCUGGAGACAACAUCACUCUCUACUGUAGCGAACCACCUGGAACUGGAGAAUCCAUAGUGUGGCUCAGAAACUGUACUCAUGAGAACCAGCCUUCUCUUCUUCUAGAAGUAAAGUCUGAUUAUAGCUUGAAUCUGAAUCAUCAUUUUACAUUUGUGAAGAACCAGACUUCUGAUUCCUAUGACCUACUGAUCAUAAAUGUAACUGAAUCUGACGAGGGCGUUUACAACUGUGGAACGAAAAGAUUGAAAGUGGAGCAACAUAAAUGCAUUUCUUCAAAAUAUAUUUACAAUUUUUGCAACAUUACAACGAGGCUCACACUCAGUACAAAGUUGCAUACAGAAAGUUGCAAUCCAGAGUUCAACGGGCCUCACUGGAAAUGUGAUUUUAACUGCAAGCUGCUUCUCUCCGUGUGUUCAGCUACGACUGUUCUCUCCACCCUCCUCUUUACUUGUCUAGUUUACCAUCUUUGCCUGAAAACAGCAAAAACUCAAGAUGAACAAAAAUGUGACCCGAGAAGUCAAACAAGAGAAAUACAGGGUGAAGAUGUGUGCUAUGCUGCUUUGGAAAUCCGUCAGGAAUCAAAGAGAUCAAAGAGGAUGAGAACAACCCAGAGUUCAGACUUCAGCACAUAUUCUGCCAUCAAGACAUCUCAGGUGUAAAGGCAUUCAGAUUUAAAAUAAAGAUGUAACCAAUGAGAAGCUUGUAAAACAAGAAAUACAUCUGCCCCAUAAAAAAACAUGAAGUUCUUCAGGCAAAUAUUGAUCAGUUGUUAUUAUGUUGAUGUUUUCAGGCUUUCUGGAUGAAACUGUUGAUGUACCACUACCCUUAUAUUUUUUUAGACAGGAAAGGGAUGUAUCUCAGAAAAAAUACAACAUUUGCUUUUAUUAAAUCAGCUACUUAUAACUUAGGAAAAUCAGCAAGUAAGCAUAUGUGUAAAUACAGCAAUAGUCUGUAGAAAAAAAAUUAAAAAGAGAACGUGUUGAAACAAAGUGAGUUCAUGUGGUUGGAAAGUGUGGUGGUUUCUGUACUGUGAAAAGAGAACUUGCUUUAGUUUUUGCUCAUUCACACUUCUUUCUUGUUUGCAGAAUGAUGCAAUUUGUGGUUCCUAGUACAGAAACAAAUGUGAGAGGAGUUUUAUUGGUCAAUUACACCAGUUGCACGUAAACCCCCUAAAUUCUAGUAGAGAAAACCAAAUCAGACAAAGAUCAUCUGCACUCAAUUGUUCUGUUGUCUAAGCAGCUAAAAUAAAUGAAUAAAAAAUGGUAUUUCUCUAGGUCUCUAUAAUUCUAUAAUUUUUAUUUAUUUAACCACCUUGUGUCCUCUCGUCAUAGAUCAGCCUGCUGAUCAAAAGCAUUCCUUCUUAGUUGGUGGUCCCAUUUCAGUUCACCCUGACAAGAUGUGAUUAAGAAAAGGUCAAGGAAAAUAGAAAAAAUGAAUAAAUUUAUCAAUAAAUUCUACCCGUGGCCAAAAGAAGGUCAAUUUUUAAGAAAAGUUGAUGUAGUCUACAUUAGGGGGAAUUAAAUAACUGGCUAACAGUAUAAUGACAUGACUCAGCAGCAGUUUUAGGUGUGGGCCAACAAACUAUGAACUGAAAUG